AUGUCUGUAACUAAAAAAUUUAACGAAAUAAAAAAAAGUACUUCUUCAAUUCAACAUACGUUAACGUUGAAAUACUUUAACGGGGUCUGCUACAAGAGUUUUUUUGAAUCAGUUCUCAGAGUUAGUUUACAUUCAAAAGAACAACGUCUGUUUAAGAGCACAACUGGGAAAUUGGACGAACAAGAAUUAGAAUGGAAG